CCGGUGAUCCGGAGCAGCUCCCAGGAGAAUCACAGCAGCUACCAACGGACACAGAAGAGAUACGUGCCAUAUUUUCUCCAGCCGAAGAACAUUCCGUCAAUGACCAGCCUAAAGAACAGACGGAUGAGGAUGAGGUGGCAAGCAUGGAAGUAACCCACAGCCAGUUUUCUUCAUAUGUGGCAUGGUACAAACAAUAUGAGAAUUCACGGCACGGUUCUGAGGCAGUACCAGCGAUGGUCAAAAUACCUUACAGGAUGAUGUUGGAUGUUCUUUUAGAGACUCUGGGCCUUCCACCAGCUGAGUACCGAACCAGAGUAUAUGAUGGCAGCAGGGUGUGUGUGACAGUAUUGUUCCAUACACCCACAUCAUAUGUUGGGAAUGAUAGGAAUCGAAUGGCUAUUCCUAGGGUACAAUCUGUUGAUCAUUCUAUGUCAGAAGACAGUGCUGCUAUGGAAGCAAUUGGGUACAUUAAAUGCACAGUGAAGACAGAGAUAAGAGACUAUAAUUACAGCACCAUGAAGAAACUCGAGGAGGAAAAUCGGUCUCUAAAACAUGAGCUUAAUAUGGCUAGGUACAACAAGAAGAAAAUGAAGACAAAAAUCAGAUCCAUCAAGAACAAGCUAAUGAUUGCUACAUAUGAGAAGAAGCAAAACGCUAUGGGCUGGUUCGUCUUAACAAGGUACAUGCAUGGAUUAUCUGAUCAUAUAUCCAACGUAACGGCGUUGAAUAUGUCACCUGGGGAAGGACCUGUAGAUAAGAUUAUCAAUGACCCUCUUAUCAACAUAGAGAAGGUGGCGCAGAGACUCAAACGUCGGGUGAUCAAGUCAGAAAAGAAGCUAAGAGCCAUCAGGAUGGGUUUUUAGAACCUGGACCUUUCAAUCUAUGUUGUAUUCUGCUCCUUUUUGCUUUGUCGUGGCUGCAGAAGCUAGGUGCAAUUGUAUAAUUAGCUUCCUCUUUAAACCAAGACUUGCCAAACUAAGAGCCAUCAGGAUGGGUUUUUAAAACAUGGGCAUUUCAAUCUAUGUUGUAUUCUGCUCCUUUUGCUUGCCGUGGCUGCAGAAGCUAGAUGCAAUUUUAUAAUUAGCUUCCUCUUUAAACCAAGACUUGCCAAGCUAUG